AUGGCAGAGGUUGGGUCCAAGUCAGUGUUGUUCAUGUGUCUCGGUAACAUUUGCCGGUCAACCAACACAGAAGCAGUUUUCAGGAAACUGGUAACUGAUGAGAAUGUUUCAGUUAAUUGGAGGAUAGACAGUGCGACUACAUCCACCUAUGAAGUGGGAAACACCCCUGACUAUCGCGGGCAGAACUGCGUGAGAAAACAUGGCAUUGCCAUGAAUCACAUUGCACAGCAGAUUACAAGAGAAGACUUUGCCACAUUCGAUUAUAUACUACGUAUGGAUGAAAGCAAUCUGAGAGAUUUGAAUAGAAAAAGUAAUCAAGUUAAAAACUGCAAAGCUAAAAUUGAGCUACUUGGGAGCUAUGAUCCACAAAAACAACUCAUUGUUGAAGAUCCCUAUUAUGGCAAUGUCUCUGACUUCGAAGUGGUGGACCAGCCAUGCCUCAGGUGCUGCCAGGCUUUCCUGGAGAAGACUCUUAGGUGGUCCUACCCACCAACAUUGAGCAACUCACUCACCAGAACCAUGCCCAAAGGUGGUGUCAGUCCUUGGCCCCAUGCCCCACCUGUCUUUUCAGCUGACUUUGCUGUUUAG